CUUGAGCCGCUAGAGAGGGUAGCAUUGCAAUCUCGGCAUCGCAGUAACCAGUUUUUAUUAGGAAUUACUCCGUAAAUACAAAAAUGGCGAAUAAACCGAAGGAUAUGGAAGGCUAUGUAGGAUUUGCCAAUCUGCCUAAUCAAGUGUAUAGACGAUCUGUAAAAAGGGGAUUUGAAUAUACUCUAAUGGUAGUAGGUGAAUCCGGUCUGGGAAAAAGUACACUGAUUAAUUCACUCUUCCUUACUGAUGUAUACUCAAACCAGUAUCCUGGACCAUCCCAACGAAUGAAAAAAACAACACAGGUUGAAACGUCCAAUGUAAUCCUGAAAGAAAAUGGAGUCCAGCUGAGACUAACCAUCGUAGACACACCUGGAUUUGGUGACCAAGUUGACAAUAGUAAUUGAUUAUGAAAGAGAUCGAAAAAAACAAGAUAAAGAUCUACGAAUUCCCAGAAAUACCAGACGAUGAGGAUGACUCAAAGGAAAACAAGGUGUUAAAGCGGAGAAAUAUGUUGCAGAAAGAACAAGAAAAGACAGUCAAUAUAAAGGACAGAGUACCAUUUGCAGUCGUGGGAAGCAACUCAGUUUUGGAAGUAAAUGGAAAAAGGGUGCGUGGGAGGCAAUAUCCAUGGGGCGUGGCAGAGGUUGAAAACCUAGAACACUGCGAUUUCAUCACCCUCCGCAAUAUGCUUAUCCGAACGCAUAUGCAGGAUUUGAAAGACGUAACAAACAACGUCCAUUAUGAGAAUUACAGGUGCCGCAAACUCACUGCCAUUACCACAGGUGAAGGCCGAAAACCCUCAUCAAAGGUUGCAGGAAAGAAUCCACUAGCUCAGUUCCAAGAUGAAAAGAAGGAGCAUGAUCUGAAAAUGAAAAAAAUGGAAGCAGAAAUGGAACAAGUAUUUGAGAUGAAAGUAAUGGAGAAAAAGAAAAAACUCAAAGACUCCGAGGCAGAUUUGAGACGACGAGAUGAACAAAUGAGGAAGAGUUUGGAACAACAGCAGCGAGAAUUAGAAGAAAAAAGGAAACAGUUCGAGAAAGACAAGGCUAUAUUUGAUGAAACUGUUCGUGUUUCUGGAUCAAAACUUCUUAAUAAUAAAAGUUUGGGUGAUAAGAAAUCCAAGGACAAAAAGAAAACAUUAUUUUAAUCCAUCCUCGCUUCCAGCAAAAUGGAAUCACCUACAAAAAUUGGACUGUACCAUUCUCCCAACAUUGUAUAUAAUAUUGAGGCAAGUCCUGUAUGUACCACCAGAUGAUAAAGUUUUCUCACUAACUCCAGCGGGCCUAGGAUGCAUUUAAGUGGACAUUAUCGGCACGACUUCCAGAGGUCACUAGCUCUUGCACUGAUCAUAGUGACUUGUUCAUCAUAGAGUUGAUCAGUAUCUCUAGCCCUGCCAUAGAGGCCAAUUUUUUCAAUAAAGGACCCAAUAUUUGUUUUCAUAAUUCAUUCUAGUACUCAUCGCAGAAGCCAAUACCUCUUACACUCAACAGCAAGGCCAAAUGGUUACAAGUUGGUCUUACCUAUGCAAAUGGGAAUCCACAGGGGCUAGAGCGGUAAAACUUUGCCCUAUUGAAGAUCCAUUGUGGACUUAUUUAGGCUAUUUAUGUGUUCCAGUGAGAAAGACUGCAUACAAUGGCCAUUAAAAUGAGUAACUAUAAAAUAUAAAUAUAAAAUAUGACAAGUAUAUUGGAGCUCUCAGGCUGAGAAAAAACAUAAGUGGCAUUCAAUUUUUCUAAGCAUUAAUAUUCUAGCUUAAACUAGUGAGUGUAUUGAUGCUUUCAUGUGUUUGUACAUUUGCAUUCUUAAAAUGGCAACAUAUGAUAUAAUUGCUUACUACUGUAUCUUCAUUUGUUCGCUAAAGACGGGUCCAUUUAUAAAUGGCCAUUGUAAACAUAGUGGUAAAUGAAAAUAUGUGUCUGAAUUGUUACAUUUUUUGAUAUGUUUCUAAGAACAUUGCAGAAAUGUUUUUUUUUAGUGAUUGUAAUAAAAUAUUCUUAAGUUUUAUUAUUAUUAUGACACACAUUAACAUUUUUCUUUUUAUUGAUUGUAAUAAAAUAUUCUUAAGUUUUAUUAUUAUUGUUACACACAUUUAAAAAAAAUAGUUAUUGGUAUGUUUAUUCAAUAAUUUUGGAAGUAUUUUAUAUGGGGAAUUAGUAAUUCUUUAUUUAUCUUAUGUAAUCCAUUUAUACACAUUAUAGUAACGAAGUAUACCAGAGAGUAAACAUGCUUUCUAAUGUUUUUCUUAAUUUUGUUUUUUUAUCAAGUAAUGAUUGCAAAUAUCUUUACACUGAGAACAACAAACAAUAGCACAGCAGCAUGGAUAUUUAUACUUGCUUAAUAAAUGCAAGUUAUAUAUAACAGUUAGGAUGAGAUGUAACAGCACAUAAAACAAUAACAUUUCUUGAUAAAAAUUAUGUAGUAUAAAUUAAGUCCCACUUUUUUUCUAGUUAUUUUUAUACCCGAAAUAUAUUAAAAUAAUUAGUUGCUGAAUAUUUUUGUAUGAUUGUUACGUAAAAUUAUUUUCUGAUUAUGUUUUUCAACCCUCUAUUUUUAAUAAUAAUCAUUUAGUAAAAAGUGUAUAAUUUACAAAAUUAUGUAUAAAAAAAAUCCAUUUUAAAUUCUUGUUUAUUAUUUUUCUCAUUGUAUUAUAUUGGAAGUUCAAGUGUUUUUCAUAGACUGUCUGGUGCCAAGAUCCAACAUCUGUUUGAAUACCCCUGCCGGUGUUCCCCAGCUAAAAAAAAAUUUAGAAGUCUACCUCUAUAGAUAAUAUGCCUAUCAAUUAACUAUCACUGAAGAAGGUUAAUAAGCUACACGGCGAUUGUGAAUUAUUAUACUAUUAACCUAGCAUAUAUAAUUCCUUAAUUAUAUAUUGAAGUGUUUAAAGUACUUAUGAUUAUGACCCCUGACCAAUAUCUAAAUUUUGAGAGGUAAGGUGAGGGGGGGGGGUGAAGUUGACAAUACUCCUGCAAAAAAUGGUUGCUCCCCAGGCAUGCUCCUGCCACUGAUAACUUACUGAGCAAAAGAGUAGUUAAAAAUCAACUUGUUCACCCAGCUAACACCCUCUCAAUUACCAUUUGAAUACACCCCACACCCCCACCCCUACUCUCCCCAACAGCCAUGCAAAAUUUACUUUUCAAAGCAGGGCUCCCAGAAGAAAUGAUUGGCUACAUUACUGACAGGGGAUCCAGGAUUCCUUGAUGGGGGUCUCCGGAAUUACGAGUAUAACAGGAAAAAAAGUUGGGUUUAAUGCCCUUUUGUUCCUCCAAACAAUCAGUUAUAUUCUAUGAGUAUUUAGAUGUACUAUAAAAAGUAUAUCGAAUGAAGAUGGUACUGUAUAUAAGCAAUUUUUUUGUUCGUGAUGAACAAAAUAAUAUUGUGAAAUAACUAAGAAAUGUGGAAGUCCUUUCAUAAGUGUGUGUGUGUGUGUGUCCAUAUAUGUGUGUGUGUGUGUUUGAGGGACUGACAUGAUGUAAUUGUAUACAAGUUUUGAGGUUAUCCAGCAAUGUUUGUUGUUGGUACACAAUAAAAUAAAAAAAAUUCAAAAUAAAAAUAAUACAUUCAAAAAGUCAGUUAAUAUAUAAAAGAUCAAUAAUAAUGUAGAUAUUGUCACCUGAUUUUAUGCAAGUAAAUUUUUGUUUUGUAUGAAUUUGAGUGCGAGAUUAAAGUGUGGUAUAUCACCACAUGGUACCUAGAACCCAAGCCUAAUACACUACAUAAAAUGUAAUAAUGGACUAAAGAGGGCAGUGUAUUUGUACAGUUUUUAUUUUAUUUAUUUAUUUUUUUUAAAGCAUUGAAGUUGUGGAACUACUGGACAAUGAAAGUUCAAAGUAUGCAAAAAUUGCAAACUUCCCAUAUUUCGAGUGUUUAAUUUGAUUAUGUUAUUCUUUUAUGAAAUAUCAGGUACAUUUAUCCUCCAAAUUUAUUAUCACUAUGCUCGGCUUUGUAUUAUAAACUUUGCUUACUGAUGAUUUAUGACUUAUAUUUUCACAUUGCUUUCUUUGUAAGCUGACUGUAAUUAAAACUGAGCUGUAGUCUCGUAUGUUAUGUAGAUUAAUAUUCGCCAUGUUGCUCAUUAAAUUAAUAUAGGAUUAGAAUGGAAACGU